UUUCCAUCUCUCAGAUUCUUCUCUUCUCUCCUCUAACGGCGAUCUAUUUGGGGCAUGAGGAUUUUUAUAUUAGGCGAAUGUAUCAUCGGAUUCAGCUUCAAGGAUUGUUUCGAACGACCUAUAUCGAGUGGACCUGAUGCUUGGUUUGAUGUGUUCGAGCGUUACUCUAAUGAUAACAACAAGACGCUUAAGCGAACAACAAAGACUAGCAGACAUGGCGAGAAGUAGAUCGAUUAGUGGUUAUGGGAUAUGGAAAUAUUUGAAUCAUGCGUAUUAUCUUGGAAGACCGAGACGCUUGGCUUUGCUUUUCAUUGUCUUCGUCUCUGUUUCUAUGCUUGUUCGGGAUCGUAUAAAUCUUUUCCGAGAACAUGAGCCUCAGACAAAAGAUGGCACUGAUAGCUUUGGUGGCCUUGGAGCAACUAUGGUAGAUUCUUUAGAUACACUCUAUAUAAUGGGUCUGGAUGAGCAGUUUCAGAAAGCGAGAGAGAUGUGAAAUAUUUCGGAAUCUAAUGGCAUGUCUCGUCGAAGAUGAAGAUAAUUUUUUUUUCUUUUACAUUUUUUUGGGUCAGUAUUGGGUUAAAAAAUACUAAAAAUCGAUUAUAUUUGGUUAAAUUUUGGGUAAGUCAAACCGGAUUAAAUAUUAUCGGUUAACUGA